ACUGCGUUAUAUGCUUCACGUGUUUUUUCCCUAUCUUUAUAUUUUCCCUCGGUGAGGCUUGUUAGAAAAGCUGAGAGGUUUCGCUCGUCUGCGUUCAUUCUCGUCACAAGCGCCAACAACAUCAACAUGUCAAACGAAGUUAAUCCAAAAGCUUAUCCACUGGCGGAUGCAGCUCUGACCCAGCAAAUUUUGGAGGUGGUUCAGCAGGCAGCCAGUUACAAGCAGUUGAGGAAAGGAGCCAAUGAAGCCACGAAAACCUUGAAUCGAGGCAUAUCGGAGUUUAUUGUGAUGGCAGCAGAUGCAGAACCAUUGGAAAUCUUGCUUCACCUGCCACUCCUCUGUGAAGAUAAGAAUGUGUCGUAUGUGUUUGUCAGAUCCAAGCAAGCUCUUGGCCGUGCGUGUGGUGUGUCUCGCCCUGUCAUUGCCUGCUCCGUCACCACAAAUGAGGGAUCGCAGCUGAAAAACCAGAUCCAAGCCAUUCAACAAUCCAUUGACAAGCUGCUUAUAUAAAUGCAGCAUUUACCACUUUAAUUUUUUUAUUGACUGACUGUUUGCACACUUGUUUUUAGCAUUUUAUAGUAAAGGUGUAACAAAAUUAUAACAAAUAAAUUCUUAGUAACCUUAAUUUUUAGCUGUUCUGCUGCUGCAUUGAGAUUGAUGUAAUAAUAUGAUAAUUUGGGUGUAUCUCUACAUUUGGGCUUUUGAUUUUUAUUCAGGUGAUUGUGUGAGGAACUACUGAUCAGAUAUCUAGCUUUCAUUGUAAUUUUUUAUGAAAAAUUUAUAUUGAAAUAUUAAUAAUUUAUAAAGUGC